CCUCUUGAAUUGAUUGACCGGUGAAUCUAUAAAAGGGUACAGCACAAUUCUUACCCUUUAAUUUUCCUCUCUCAACACUAGCCAGUGAGGAACUCCAUGGCUUCGUCUUCUUCUGAGCCUCCACCUCCAGUUCCUGCUCCCGUUCAUUCUCACCCUCCUCCACACUUGAUGUACAAAAAUCGUUUACAAGAGUUUACUUCAAGGUCAGGCAUUAAAUUUCCUGUGUAUCAGACUGUUAAUGAGGGAGGGACAGGAUCAUGUUCCAAAGUUUAGGUCGACUGUGUGGGUGACUGAGAUGGGUUACGCUUCCCAAUCCACAUUUUCCCAGAAAAAAGCUGCUGAACAGGAUGCUGCUAGAGUUGCUUUGGAAGGUAUGCUUCAGAGGACCAGAGAUGAAGGACUCUCUCUUGUCAAUCAGCAGAUUUCUCCAUUUUCCAAGUCUAUCAUGAAUGAGUAUGCUGAUAAACUGCAUGUGCAACCUACAUAUGACACCGUUCAGGAACAGCUAGGAGGGGUGCUUCGUGUUUUUAAAACUUCUUUAGUUUUCAAUGGUACAAGUUACACCGGUGAUCCAGCUAGAACAAAAAAGGAAGCUGAGCAGUCAGCCACAAAGGCUGCUAUUCUUUCCAUUAUGGGUGAUUCUACCUCAGGAACUACACUCAUUGAGAUUAUUAAGUCAAAGUCUACAUUUUAUGAUGCAAUCAAAGGAAAGGGACCACCUCUGUUACAGCCUAGUGCAGUGUUAUCCACAACAAAUACAGGACAGAUCUCUGUUACACUGGGUCAUAGAGAUACAGGAGUUACAGCUUCCGUGCUUGAUAAUAAUAAUAAUAAUAAGAAUAUUGAAGCUAAAGUUGAAUUUCCUGAGUCUUCUAAGAUGCUUUCCACAUGUCAAGAACUCCAAAUGAUAAAACAAGAAUCUUCCCUUGAAGCCAAUAAUGUGUCUUUGCAACCAGGUUCAGAACAUUCCAUUGAUAAUAGUUCAACUUCAAAAAAGCGGAAAAAGAACAAGAAGAAGUCUAAUAAUAAGAAGUUACGGUUGGAGACUCCGCCGUUACCAAUUACUGCAGUUUCUCUGAACCAAGUCCCUCCUUGUACUGCAGUUCUCAUUAAUCAAGUCCCUCCUUGUUCUGCAGUACCCAUGAACCAAGUUCCUCCUUUUACUGCAGUUCCCAUGAGCCAAGUCCCUCCAUGAACCAACUUUAUGCUCGUACUGCAGCUCCCAUGAACCAAGUCCCUCCUCGCACUGCAGCUCCCAUGAACCAAGUCCCACCUUGCAUUGCAGCUCCCAUGAUUCAGGUCGCUCCUUGUACGGCAGCUCCCAUGAACAAAGUCCCUUCUUUAUAGGUGGCACAGUAGAGAAAUGUAAAGUGUGAUGGAAUUCUUGUGUAUGUUGCAAACUCUUAAGACUAAAGUUCAUCGAGAGAAAACCGUAGUUCCUGGUUAAAAUUUAGGAACUGUUGUUAAAAUCCUUCUUUAGUGGCCGGUUUUGUUUGUUAAGCCCAGGUCUUACAUGUUUUGGGUUCAAACUUUAUAUUAUAUCAUGUUAAAAUUGAUUUUUAUGUUUA